AGAAAGUGAGCUCACGUUCACACAUUGGUAAAGAGGCUGGUCUUGCAAUGCCUUUGAAUAUUUUACUUUUAGGCAGUUCCCCAUCAGUCAGCCACACACACCCGAGCCGAGCUGAAGCUAACUACAGCCAUGGACAGCACUAGGAGAUCUGAAAUCUAAUCGCAUGCAUCAUACCUCCGGGAUAUUUUUUUAAAUUACAUAUAUAAACACGCCGACAGGCAGCCGCGCUCGCACACACACACACACAUAUACAUCCACACGUCGGCAGAGCCGCCAGCACCCGCACGGCCGCUGAGCAAACACCUUGUCUCUUCUCGCAGGAUAUACCCGCUCACACGCAUCCCUUUAUCUCCUCCUGGCUUCCCGGAGGAUCGUGCCGGCUGUUUUUCAUGGAGAAAGUCCAGGGAGAAAUGGAGAUUGAGAGAUGGGAAAGAAGUGAAGAGAUUUCAGACGCAGAAAAAAAGGUUAUUCAAGAGACAUGGAGCAGAGUAUAUGCAAACUGCGAGGACGUUGGGGUCUCCAUACUCAUCAGGUUUUUUGUCAACUUCCCAUCGGCCAAGCAGUACUUCAGCCAGUUCAAGCACAUGGAGGAUCCGCUGGAGAUGGAGAGGAGCUUGCAACUGCGUAAGCACGCUCGGCGGGUCAUGGGUGCCAUUAACACUGUUGUGGAGAACCUCAAUGACUCCGAAAAGGUGUCCUCCGUUCUGGCCCUGGUGGGCAAGGCCCAUGCCCUCAAGCACAAAGUGGAGCCCAUCUACUUUAAGAAACUCACUGGUGUCAUGCUGGAGGUCAUUGCUGAAGAAUACGCCAACGACUUCACCCCGGAGGCGCACGGCGCCUGGACCAAGAUGAGGACCCUCAUCUACACCCACGUGACGGCGGCGUACAAGGAGGUGGGCUGGGCGCAGUACCCCACCGCCACCCUGUGAGCGGCCAGCGGGGCCGGGCGAGGGGCAGGGAGGGCUUCGCUCACCCCAGGACUUCAGUCUGGUCUCUUCUCAAGAUCUUCGCUCAGUCUGGGGAGCCCGGUAGGGCCAGCUCUGUUAGCUGCCAAGUCACAAUUUGAUCUCCAUGGGGUUUAAAAACAAACUAAAUAAGCCAAAAACAAAACAAAACAAAAAAAAAAAUAGAACCACGAAGGGUGUGGGUGGGUCGGGGUGAAGCAGUUGCAGGGGAUGCUGGAAGGAGAUGCAGAACGUGAGGGGAGAGCGUUGGUUGUUGGCUCUUACUGUCCUGGCUUGUCCAUCACCACCUCCCAAAUCCUGCACCUCGCUUGCGUCAUCUCAAAGUCCCUUGCACAAGCUCUGCUGCGCAGCAGUGACGUGCAGCCCCGUUCGCUGACGAACAACAUGACCCUCAUUUUUCAUGCAAAGCCACCGGGUAAACCUGGCUCCUUGCUUUUGGGGGCACGAUGUGCUUAUGGGGACCGCCAGCUGCCCGACUGGCACCGAAAACGCUUUGCUUUGCACUUUCUGCACUCACCUGGCGGGGUGGCGGGGCCGCUGGCUGCGGCCGGAGCCGCUCUCGGCUGUCCAUCACCCUGCACCUUGGGCCAGCAGCAGCCCUCACCCCUCCAGUCAUCCAGAGUCCCUCUCCUUGGCCGGCUGUUGCAAACCCUCCUGGGGCUACAAGGAGCAAGGGGGUGGGAGGGAUGUACUCCCCCAGCGCGUAAGAGAGUGGGGAAGGAGGGGGAUGCCUUUGGGCUGCCUCCCCCUGUGGCUCGGAGCGCAGCGCGUAGGAUGGAUCCCUGUGCCAGACGCAGGGAGCUGGUGAGCCCGCCCGCCUCCCUUCAGCUCCCAUGGGCAGCAGGGACGUGCACGAGGAUGGGCUUGGGUGGCACGCGUUGUGCCAUCACCCUGGGAGCUGGUGCGCGUCCGUCUGCCCGGCAGCCAGGAGCAGCGGGGCGGCGCAGGGAUGUAGGGCUGGGGCGGCUCUGCCCCGCUCGGUGAGAAGAGGGGGGGGCUCAGGCUGGGGUGAGGAGGGGGGAAGAUGAAGUGGACGUAGCAGGAGGGGUUCCUGGGUGUGAAGAAAGCUCCCUGCUCUGUUAAAAUUAAUCAAUAACUUGUUGCAUAGAGCAUAUCCCUUCCCUCUUGGUGAAACCGGGUUCCUUCAGAUAAAGUGCCUGGUAGAAAUCAAGCCCCGCAGGAGCUGCGUCCCUCCUCGGGGGCUGGCGGUGCUCCCGCCCGUGCCUGGCAAAGGGCUCUCCAUCCCAAAACCAGACAUGGCUGCAAGGCUCGCAGCACUCAUCUUGCCUCCAAUGCCGACUCCUCCUGAAGCUGUGGGUGAGUCUGCUUGGGUUUGCUGCCUCAGUUUCCCCUUUGGUUACGAAAAAGGGAGGAGGAGCAGCCCCGUGGCCUCCUGCACGCAUGUGCUUGGAUUUAUAGGCUGCUCUGGGGACUGAUUCCCAAAGGAUUGGAGACAAAGCAUCAGAUGUGCUAGGAAGCUUUGGCAUCCUUGCCACCCAGUAUUUCCCAAAAAUGUCUCUUAUUUUUUUAAAGCCCUGCCGUUAAGGGCAGUGUUACCUAUUGCAGUGGGAAGGGGGUUCCCCUCUGAGAUUUCCUCUGGCCUCGCUCCACUACAGCCCCUGGGAGACGGCGGCUUUCCAGGGGACACCAGCUCCUCUCCUGGAUGUCAGCUGGGCGGGCAGCGAGCCCACGGUCCCCGGCUGGGAUCCCCACGGCUGCCCUGGGGACGUGUCCCCCCGCUCUGCUGCAGGGACGUUGCUGGAGGGGGCAGCAGAAACUCUCCCCGGGGCUGACCUCCCUCCUCCAGAGCAGCCAGCCGGGAACUCCUGCCUUGCUCACCCGUGGUCAGUUCAUCUGUGCUUUUAAUUAUCCCCAGGGAAGAGGGUUUGGGGUUUUUUUUCCUGUUUCCGGUGUUUUGCUUCCAUGCCAAGGGGCUCCUCUGCCCCCCAGCCCCAGCACUGCCAGGAGGGGUGGCCAGCACGGGGUGCCCGCUCCCAGAAAAGCUCCCAGUGGGGUUCUCCCCUUUCCUCUGCCGCCUGUAACCGCAGGUUUCUGCUCAGGAUCCGUGGGAGCCCGUACAGGGGGCAAACCCCGGACCCCAGCCCUGCUCCUUCCAUCCCUCACGCCAGAAUGCCGGCACAGCCCACGCCUGGGCACCCGCGCUGGGGGUGACUGUUCAGAGUGGCAGCAGGGGAGAUGUCUUCUCCUGUUCCUCUGGGCUCGGCUAGGUGCAGCCUGGAGUUCGUGCCACCGCCCGGUGCCCUGGCUCUGGGCAAGGGGGGGAUCUGGGGAGGGUUCUAAACCUUUGACUGCGUUCCCCGGCGCUCCCUCGCUUUCCUGCAGAGCCCUGGGACCAGGGUUAGUCCCAAAAUAGCUCCAGGGCUCCACCAAUGCCACUACAGCCACUCUCUCUGGCCUUGCAGUUCUUUCCUCCCUAUGUCCCAUAGUAAAGCAGGUGGAGAGGAGCGAUGGAGCCGGGAGCGAUGGCACGUCCUGGGCGUACAGAGAGGGUUGGGUGGAAAAAACUGCUCAGGGCACGGCUGUCCCUGGCACGGCAGCGUGCAAGGUCAAGGGGUUUAUAAAAGGAAGGGACAGGCACAGGGGGACAAGUGAUGCCACUUUGCUCAUGGAGUGGGCUGGCAUUUAAAGUCAGCACCCCCAAAAUUCAGCCCACCAGCCUGCACUGGUGCGGGUGCCAGCAGCUGAUGCCUCUGGCUCGUGUCUGAAUGUCCAAGCGGCCGCUCGUCCCUUGCACAGUUGGCGGAGGCACCUUUCAAACAGCAGCUGCUGGCCCGGGUCAGGAUUCGGCCCGUGCAGAAGGGAAAAGACCUGUUCAGUCAUUGACUUUGCUCCAGUGCAAAACUGGAGAGUGAUCUCGCUUGGAACAGGGCUGCUAGAUUAUUUUUUGGGGGGGAUUUGGGUGCAUCACAGGACUCUCACGAGCGCAGCUUCACAGAUUUCUGCCAAAACCGCGGGGCCAGCGGUGCAUAUUUUCAAUGAGUUCAUGUACUCCCCGUGCUCUGCGGAUGCUGGGCCAGGGAUGUUUCCGUACAGGGAUGUUCCAUCUUUAGACGCAGUUCACACGUUAACCUUUGAGGUUAAUAUUCUCCAGGUGGGAAUUUUAUUUUUUGGUGCAAGCCUUCCUCUCCCUUCCCACAACCCAAACUGGGCUCAGUGGCAAUCAGCAGGGAAGUGAUUUUUGGGGUGGCUGGAAAGUGCCCGUGUUCAUGCCUGACCCACCCGAGUGCCUUGGCUUUGGGGGAGCAGCAGUGAGGUUCCCCCCACCUCACCUUUGAAUGGGGCUUGGUUGCUUCUUUUUUUAUUUUUGUAUUUUUUCAUCCCUAGAAAAAACUGACCCAUGACCUCGUGCACCCACGCGUGUGUGUGCUGGGCUUGGGGUUUUUUUCCAGGCACAUUUUUCUAAAGCAAAUCCAGAUGUGUGCAGCUGCUGUCCCUCGAGGAGCUUUCCCCCCCUCCCCAUCAGCCAAAUUGCAGGCCAGUCAAAUAUAUGCAAACAAAAACAUGUUUAUUUUUACCAUCUCUGUAGGAAGUAAGAUGAAGCGGGGAGGGCGGCCGGGGCAGAGCUCAUGAGGGGAAGAGAUGGAGAUAAAGCGAACGCCCCCUCUUCACCACCCGCAGCAGAGCAGGCGUUGCUUAAAUCGGGGAAAAUUCUCAUCUGGGGAGAGAUGAAAAUGAACAGAAAAAGGAAAAAAUACCAUUCCAGAGUGACAGGGCUGAUAAAUACUGUGUGGAAGAGCAGCAAGGGAGGCCAGGUCCUGGCUCUGAGCGUGGCUCUCUGGUGCACACGCAUGCACACGCGUGUACAGCUGCUCCCUGUUACUGCCAGCCCCGUCGUGCCCCCCAACCCACUGCAGCUGGCUGGGGUCCCCCGUGUCCCCCCUUCCCUUCAGGCCCUGCUCGCUGGGGCACGACGUUCCAGCUCUCCUCGCGCCUGGCUUGGGGUAGGGGUGCUGCCCACGCGUGCUUUGGGCUCGGCUUCGCUCUCCUUGGGGGUGGCAGGUAGGGACUGACUGGCAAAGUGAUGCCCCGAAAAUUCAUCCGUGAGAAACUGGGGGCUCAGGGCACGGCACUGGCACGUGCUGGGGACCAGCUAGUCUCUCCUUGUCCCUGGCGGGGACCCCCACGUCCCUCAGCCCCGUUCGCCUUCCCCAGGGAUGCUGCCGGACUGCUCCUGCUCUCCCUGCUCCCCCCGAUGCCUGUGCCGUUGCGGCUGCCCCGGUGCAAGCCAGCCAAGCGCAGGUCAGAGCUGCCGCCCCGUGACCAGGGCAGGAUGCGGCCCCUGGCUCAGCCAGCGCCUCCAUGUGAGCAUCAGGGCUGGGCUUGGACCCGUGACCCAGGUGGGAAAGUCUUUGUGCCCCCUGCCAGCAGCAGGUGACUGCCAGCUGGGGGGGGAGGGAUUUGGUGUCCCCAGGGCAGGGUCCCCCCGGGCACCUCGUCCUGGCUCCCUCUGGGGACACUCGCUCAUGUCAACCAGCCUGUGUCCCCCCACCCCAGGUUUGCCGCUGUGUUUGGUCGGAGGGAGCUCUGUGCUGGAGGGAAGGGGAAGCGUUGUGCUGGGACGGGACGCAGAUCCCACCCACCCUGUCCCCCCCAUGGCCAACACUCACGGCAGGUGUAGCUCCAUACCCACCUGGCCAGCUAGAGAGACACAACAGCACCCCCAAGGACCUUGUGCCACCACCCUUGUCUUCUUUUACGGCCAGACACAUCCCCACGGCCGAGGCAGCCAAGCUGCCGGCUCUCCCGGGGCACUCCUCUUGCAUCUCUGCCAGUCUGCUCCAGUUUGCCCCAGUAAAGGGGAUCCCGGCGUCUCCCCGCUCUCUGGGGAGGUGCCCAGCGACUUCAGUGGGGACCAGAUUUCGGCUGGCUGGCCUCUGGCACCAGAGCUCAGCCUUCCCUGCCCCUUGCCGUAGGGAAGCCGCCCUGGUGCACUGAUAGCGCGAGGACUGCUCGGGGCCAGCACCAGCGAUGCCAGACAGAUGGGUGGAAGGGAAACCCAUGAGCUGACCUUGGACCAACUUAUCCGAAAGGGAGGGAUAAAACUACCCGCCUGGGUCUGACCUAUUUAACAGACUGCGAUGAUAAUUAUUUUCCAUAGCUGAAGUUGUCUCUAAUUGUUAGUAUGUCUUAACCAGUCCCACCGUGACCCACAGACAUGAGCCGGCGUGGUCUGAUGUAACUCCGUGUCUUUCCUGUUACUGCUGCGGAUACUGUUCAUGUACGUGAUUCUCGGCGCUUCUGUGCUGGUUUUAUACAUGCCGUUUCGUGUACGAUGGGUGUAACUUGUUUUUCUUUUUGUAGGUUUUUAGUAUGUUUGUAACCGGACAGAAUGGUGUUAUUAAACCGAAACUUGUAUCUUCAGUGGAUAAAUCAAUCAAACCCC